AUGGAAGACCCCGUGGCUAUCCCCUCCUCCUCCUCCGCCGCCGCCGCCGCCGUGGUCCCGUCCCCGCCCCCCGCGCCGCAGCAGGUGCCCGCCCCCGCGGUCGUGAGAGCGGCGGCGGCGGCUCCGGAACCCGCGGCGGCGUCCCGCAGGCAGUUGUUCUCCGUGGAGCUCCGGCCCGGGGAGACCACCAUCGUGUCCUGGAAGAAGUUGCAGAAGGAGGCUGUACAAGCGGCGCCCACGUCGCAGCCGCAGCCGCUAGCGGUGGUAGCGGCAGAGCCUGCAGUCGCUGCGCAACUAGCCCCGCCUGGUGUGGCACCCGCUGCAGAAAACAACCCGGAGGACCCAGCACAGCCAAAUCGGUUUAAUGCAGUCAUUGAGAAAAUCGAGCGCCUUUACAUGGGUAAACAUAGCAGCGAUGAAGAAGAUCUUGACGAUGUACCCGAUGAUGAUCAAUAUGACACUGAUGAUUCUUUUAUUGAUGAUGCUGAAUUGGAUGAAUAUUUUGAAGUCGAUAAUUUGAAGACUAAGCACAGUGGAUUUUUUGUUAACAAAGGGACAUUGGAACAGAUUGAAUCUGGAACAUCGACAGAUGUCGCGCCAAAGAAAAGGAGAAGCAAAGACCCAUCAGGUGAUCAUAUUGAAAUUAAUCAGGGUGCUGCAGGUGAUUAUUUUAACAUCAGCAACAUGCCUGGGAAAGCUACCAGUCCUGCACAUGCUGGGAAAAAAUUAGCUACCAGUGGAACCGGAGUCUCAAAAAAGAGAUCGACUGAUUUUGCCACAGGUGUUGAUGCUGCAAAACGUACAAAGAUAUCUGCAUACAGGGAUAAAGGUCUUUCAACACAACUUGACUUUCAACAAGAAAAGACUUAUAGUGGCGAAAAUCAAGAUCUGGCCAACAAAAUAUAUCACAAAGAGAAACACGGAACAAGUGACUUUUCUGGCAUCACACUGCCUGGUACUUCUUGUCCUACACAAGCAAUGCACCCCAUCACUGGCAGAGAGAGUGCAGGUACCAAACCUAAAGGCACCAGGCUUGAGCGAGCCAUUCGGGAUUUCGAGAAGUUUGUUGCUCAAUAUAGGCCGCCAGCUAUCGAUAGUAACGAGGUUGACCCAAAUGGUCAGGCAUCAAUUAAACGACGGUUGCCUCCAGAAGUAAAGGCAAAGCUUGCCAAGGUUGCAAGACUAUCGACAAAUCAUGGAAAGAUACAAGAACAGGAGUUGAUGAAUCGCCUCAUGGGCAUAGUUGGACACCUUGUGCAGCGUAGGACAUUGAAGAGAAACAUGAAAGACCUGGUAGAAUCAGGACUCUCUGCUACACAAGAAAAGACUGAUAUGUUGCAGCGUGUUAAAAUGGAGAUCAGUGAAAUGGUCAAAGAACAUGUUGUUGCCAAGGCCAAGGUCAAUGAACAACAGGAUGGUUCAGCUGACGAUUUUCAGGCUGUUCCUGAAGAAGGAAGAGAUUUAAAAGGAAAGUUUGCAAUGGAUAGUGCAUUGGAGGACAGGAUGUGUGAUCUUUAUGAUCUGUACGUUGAGGGUAUGGAGGAAGACAAGGGUCCUCAAAGUAGGAAACUAUAUGUAGAGCUUGCAGAGCUAUGGCCCCAAGGUUGCAUGGAUAAAUUUGGAAUCAAAGAUGCCAUAUCUAGAUCGAAGGAGCGAAAGAUAAAAUUACACAACCAACAGAAGGUUCGCAACGAGGAGACAUUGAAGAGGAAAAGGCUAGCAGUGGCAGAGAAACUGCCAGAUAGCUACCCUGUUGUAACGCAAAGAGCAAUGGCCCUGCAAGUCGCACAUCCAUCCAUUACGAACCCAUCAUACCCUGUGACUGACUAUGGACAGAACCAGGCAUCGAGAAGUCUUGAAAGGGCUCGGGAAGCAAGCGGAGGCGCAGUCCCUGAUGACAGCAGCAAAAGGGUUGGCGAGAUGAAGAAGAAAAAGAGGAAGCCAGAAUAUGAUCUUGUAGAUAGACAAGCUAACCCAAUGAAGGUUCCCUCUCAGCAUGGUAGUGAGAAGCAAAAGGCGACGAAGCAUUCAGAUGAGGCAAACACUAUUACCAUAUCCACUGUGCUUGGUCUCCCAUUCUAUGAUCAACAACAAAUCUAAUUAUCUUGGUGUAAAAACAGACAAAUUUAUUUCUCCCUAUAGGUUCUUGUGGGGGUGGUGCAACAAGAUAUUUUUGUAGAGAGCAUGUCAUUUUGUAAUCUCUCAUGGUUUACACAGUUCGUUCCAUCCCUUUUAUAUUGGCUACAACCUGUAAAGCAUGGGUUUUGUCUGUUAUCAUUCAGAAGUAUAAUCAGACUGGGUAUGUGGUAAAAUUACCCUUGUCUGAGCACACACUUGUGAACAGUGUUAAGUCACUGAGGGGUUUACUGGGGAAGGAUUUGAAAUCCAAUCCGGUGGGCAAACUUUAGAGCAAAUGUGAGCUGUUUCGUUCAGGUGGAA